AUGGAGCUGCCGCUGCUGCUGCUGGCGGGGCUGCUGGCGCUGCUGGUGCUGGUGCUGGUUGCGGGGCGUCGGGGCGGCCCCGCGUGGGCGGCCGACGUGGGCUUCGUGGGCCGGGCGCUGGCGCUGGGCGGGCGGCUGGCGCUGCUGGGCCGGCGGGCGAGCGUGGCGCAGCGCUGGGGGCGGCUGGCGGAGGCGGCGGCGUCGGGGGGCUCCGGCCGGCCCUUCCUGCGCUUCGAGGGCCGCAGCUUCAGCUACGGGCGGGCGGAGCGCGAGAGCAACCGCGUCGGGCAGGCGCUGCGGACGGCCGGGCUGGGCGGGCGGACGGCGGCGCUGCUGGCCGGCAACGAGCCGUUCUUCGUCUGGGCCUGGAUCGGGCUGGCCAAGCUGGGCGCCCGGCCCGCCUUCCUGGGCACCGCGCUCCGCCCGGCCGCCCUCCUGCACUGCCUGCGCCAGUGCGAGGCCCGCGCCCUCCUG